AUGCCCGUGGAGGUCAAGAUUUUAUCACGAGUACUAGUGAAUCGCCUUAGACCACACAUUGCUAAGUUGGUGCAUCCCGAUCAAAAGGGUUUUAUACCGGGGCGCCGGAUUGACCAGCAAAUUAUGCUAGCCCGUGAUCUGCAUCACUUAGAAACAUCCCUAAAACGCAAAGGACUAGUCACGUUCUUGGACUUUGCCAAGGCUUACGACCGUGUUAAUCGGCCGUACCUCCUUCGUGUUUUGGAACGACAAGGAUUUGGGCCUCGAUUUUUGGCGUGGAUACGUCUGCUGUACAGCGACUCUAAAUGCUCACUAAUGAUUAACGGAUGGGCGCAAGACUCGCUGACACCAACUCGAGGAGUGAAACAGGGAGAUCCAUUGUCUCCUUAUCUGUUUGCUCUCUCGUUGGAACCACUAGGAAAUUUGUUACGCGCUCGAAGAGAUUUAGGCGUCUUGGUGGACCAAACAUUACGAGUCCCAGUGGGGUUCUUCGCUGACGAUACUGAUCUGGGGCUCAGCUGA